GCCACUGACCUGGACACUUGUUUCUUCACCAUCAUUCUUUUGGGGAUUUUGGGACUUGUGUGUCAUCCGCCUUAGAGUCAUUGUGCACAUGGCUCCUGUGGCCGACGUGAGCACCUUCCUCGGUGGGUUUGAUGCCCUGGGACAGGUAGGCUCCCACUUCUUGCUGCCGCCUGCCAAGGACAGCCCUCUGCUCUUCAACGAUCCCCUGGCUCAGUCUGAGCGACUCUCCCGCAGCGCCCCCUCCGACCUGUCGCAUCUCCAGGGAAUCCUGCGCCGCCGCCAGCUCUACUGUAGGACCGGCUUCCACCUGCAGAUACUGCCGGACGGGAAUGUGCAGGGCACACGGCAGGAUCACAGCCGCUUUGGUAUCCUUGAAUUCAUCAGUGUAGCUAUUGGCUUGGUCAGCAUUCGAGGGGUCGACACUGGCCUUUACCUUGGGAUGAACGAUAAAGGAGAACUGUUCGGAUCGGAAAAACUGACUUCAGAGUGCAUUUUCCGGGAACAGUUUGAGGAGAACUGGUACAAUACCUAUUCAUCAAAUUUAUACAAACAUGGAGACUCUGGAAGGCGGUACUUUGUAGCACUUAACAAAGAUGGGACCCCUAGAGAUGGAACCAGAGCUAAAAGACAUCAGAAAUUCACACAUUUUUUGCCCAGACCUGUAGAUCCUGAAAAAGUUCCAGAACUCUACAAAGAUGUCAUAGGAUACAGCUGAAGCAGCACCUGGCCUCUACAGGGAUGUACAUGAAACCUGGGCUUUUCAUGAAGAAAGGAAACAGUGCCUUGAAAGAGUCAUGGACUUCUUGGAAGACCACAAAGACGGUGGUGCUACUGGAAAUGUCUCUAGGGCUGUGUGGAUGACCAUGCUCCAGCCAGUGGAGAAAGGAGCAAGAAGACUGAUCACAUUGCGGCUCAUGUGUGCAACAUUGAAGCCUAUGAGUGCAUCUGAUUUAUCAAUUCUAGAACCUCUACUAAGGAAAUUCGAAGAAAGAGCUUAGGCCAAAGACAAACCAAACCCAGUGCUGGUCCAUCAUGUCACUUAUGCUCGUUUGCAAGCUUGUCCGAGAAUUUUAUAUGUCGAGCGAAGAAACGUUCUUUAUAUUUUCAUAAAAUAAUAUUGCUGUUUGAAACCUGUGGACUUAAUAACCGUAUUUAUUUUUUAUACUUAUUUAUUUAAAAAAAAACUAUAUUUUUUAUGUUUAUGUCAAUAGAAAUUGUGUGUAGAUGUUCUAUGAUGGGUGAGAAGACAUCUGCCAAUGUUAAACCACACUCCCUAAUUUUAACCACUUCAUACAGACGCCUCAAAAUUUCAGAGUCAGUAUCUGCCUUGGACAACAAAAAUAACAUGGGACGUGUCAUCAGAAUGUCUUUUGUCCUACCAAUGUUGUUAUUGAUGUGUAUGGAUGGAGUUUUGUACUAACUGCCCAUUUAGCAGGAAAUUAAAAAAAACCCAAUGAAAUUAAA